AAGUAAUAACACGUGCCCCACGAGGACAUCAUUACCAACUCCCACACGACCAUUUGAUACUGCGGCAAAUGACACUUGUUCAACCCCAUCUGGCAGUUCAAUAACCAACGGGAACAUGAAUAGCGCGAGCAAGUUUGUCGAAUUUAACAGCACAAGCGACACGAGUUGUGUUGUCGUCAAUUUUACAGAAUCGACGACCGGUCACUUCUCUUUAACGUUUUGGAUCAAAUCAAAUAUAAACGUUUCUAGCCACUUAGUGACCAUUGGCAACGUGGCAAUGAACAUCAAUGGAGAUUAUUUGGCGAUUGGUUCUGAAAGCAAACCAGGAUUGAAGAAAAACGAAUGGACUUUAAUUACAGUUACGUUUAAUGACAUACUAUCCUUAUUGUCAGUAUUUUCAUCGACACAUGCGAAGCCUGUGUUCAACCAGAAUGUGUCAAUCACCAGUCGCUCGGUUUCGAUCGGUCCUAAAACGGCGUUACCUGCUGGUCAAUCGCUUAUAGUAGGCGAUGUCAGAUGGUAUCCAGACGUUUUGACAGAUAGGGAGCUGACACUUCUCUCCAAUGGUACAUUCAAUGCUUUCAAUCCGAACUCCGAAUGCAGAUGCCGUCCGGAAACGCCAUUCAUUGACAACACCACCGUACCGUUCCCGGGGCUGCGAUGCACCAAUUAUGAUAAAACUAAAAGUACAAUGAGACUCAACAGUAACGCCCCCAUCUAUGUUGCUGACAACGAUAACGCCACAUAUUGGUCGUCGGGAAAUACUGCUGACGUUAGCUUGAACAUCGAGUUAUCACAAACAUAUCAGCUUAAUCAGAUUGUCGUCCAUGGUCUCAACAAUACCUCAGACAUCGGGGCGAUUGAGAUUACCAUCGCCUCAAGUGGCACGCUGCUUAAGUUUGAACCUAACUGCUCUCUACCCUGUAUAGACAUCGCCGGCCACCUGACGGGUGGCCAGUUUAAUUAUUCUUUUGACGAAUCUGGUACAACUCGCACACAAUACGAAAAAUUGCUUGCUCGUAAUCUAGUUCUGCGCAUAAAAUCCAAAACACCGAAAGAGUUUCGGAUAUCGGAAUUCAUUGUAAAAGCCAGGUGUCCUUGCUAUGGGCAAGGCAGCGCAUGUGUGAUAACCAAAGGCAGUUACAGCUGCAAAUGCCAAAAUUAUAGCGGAAGUUACUGCAGCGAUUGCGCAGACGGGUAUUUUAGGACGUCAUAUGAGUCAUUGACGUGUGAAACAUGUGAUUGUAAUUUGAGCGGUAGAGAAAACAACACUUGUGUUAAGAUCGGGGGAAAGUGUCACUGCAAGACGAACGCGGAAGGAGACAAGUGUGCCACGUGCAAACCCAAUUCGGCGAACCUCGGAUCUAACAGUACAACCGGCUGCCAAAGCUGUGGUUGUAAUCUAGCCGGCUUUGUGUCUUGCAAUUUCGACUUGAGUUGCAAAUGCAAGCCCAAUGUUGAAAAUGCAAGUGGGAAAUGCAAUGCGUGUUUAGCCGGAUUUUACAAUAUCUCACGACCAGAUGGAUGCACAAACUGCAGUUGCAAUCUUUACGGAAGCAAUAAUACGACGUGUAAUUAUGCGACAGGCCAAUGCCAAUGUUAUGACAACGUUGAGGGUCAGAAGUGCGACAUUUGCAAAAACCUUUUCUAUAAUUUAUCAUCAAAGUGUUCCCAGUCAUGCAAUUGCAGUGCAGCCGGCUCUGUAAACAUGGUAUGCGACAAGACGUCCGGACAGUGCAGCUGCUCUUCACCUGCAACGCAACCGAACCGUCAAUGUAUUCCUCUGAUAUCGUCCCUCACCCCCGAGUUCGGUCCGUCCGCCGGCGGCACGGUCGUGACCAUCACGGGUGAACUGUUGGACAACCUUAACGUUGCCCCAACGAUAUUCAUCGGUGAAGACGCUCAGGUGUUCAUAAACAGAACUUCAACUUCAAUAGUCUUCGUGACGAACAAAAGCUACAACGGUUCCCGUGACAUUAGUAUUCGUUGGAGCUUCAACGAAAUCACCACCAAAUUUGGGGCGAUGUUUGAAUACAGACCGGACACCAAUCUCUCAGUAAUGAGUAAUAUCGCGGCCUACGAAAGCGGUGGUUGCCAUAUUGGUUUCCCCGGUACUUACUUGGACAGUGUCAAACACCCGAGACUUGUCGUGUAUCUGGACAACAACAAUAAGCUUGAAUCGGACUGCUCUUCGAGCGGCACCGAAUGCUCACCUACCGGAGACAGGGUAUUGUGCUGUAAGACGCCACACAUAUCAUCAAUGACCACAGACAUGACAUUGAAUUUCGGUUUUAAACUUGACGGGAUCGUCAACUACACCAAUAUAUCCAAUUUCCACUUCGUUGCCUUCAAAGACCCAGUUGUAAACAGGAACAUUGAAACAAAAUUGAGUAACACCUUUGACAAUGGUCUCAUCGAAGUAACGGGGGAACGAUUGAACUCUGCCUGUAACGACACUGAUAUAAAGAUCACAGUCGGUGAAAUUCCGUGUCCCAUUGAGUCUAGGUCGGACACAAAGAUCACGUGCACAAUCAACGAGAAGUUUCCGGGUAAAUCUAGGACGGAGGAGAUAAGGGUCACAAUAGGUAACUUCACACAGGUGUACGGUACAGUGGAGUUCAUCUCAUUUUGGAAUACCCUAGGGUUCUACCUUAUACUUGGCGGCGUGGGUCUUUUGGUUGUUAUUAUCGUCGUCGCUUGCUGUUGUUAUAGGCGACGAAAGAGCAAGAGUGGCGGAGAGUCGGGUUUUUUAGAUACAGAAAGUUACGAUAGAAAAAACCGCAGUGGAAAUGAGUACGUUCGAAUGACCCCCGCUGCACCUAUUGAAACGGCACCAAUGUCGGAGAUUUUAAGCUCUGCAUCUGGAACAGUUCCAGUGGCCAGAAGCGUUCUCGCGCCGACCACCAGCUUCCUCUCGCCGACGCCCACAUCCAAUACAGCGGCCCACAAGGUCGCGUUCUGUGAUCGUUUGGACAAACCGGACGCAAAACUAAUCGAGAGUUCGGUCGUCUUACGCGAACAUGUAGAACUUUCAAAAAAUCCCAGAUGCACCAACAAAGGCAAGCUAGCGCGAGUCAUUGAUGGCCAGUUUUCGGACAGCUCAUCCAGGAGCACUGUCGGACGAAGCCUUACGAUAAAAGUCUUGAAUGAACGAUACCCGGAGACUGGUCCGAUUCCCGAAUGGCUCGUGAAAGAGCUGCGUGAGUGCACGAGAUUCCGGGACUACUACAACGACCACGUGCUCCGUAUGAUGGGUAUCGCUAUCGAUGCUACCAAGGUCUAUAUCCUGUACGAAGAGAUGGAAAACAGGACCUUAAAGGAGUACAUGAUCAUGUCGACAAAAGACAAGGUGAUUCCCAGUGUGGACCUGAUGGAACUCUGUCUGCAGGUGGCGGAAGGCAUGGAAUAUAUCUCCACCUUGGCCGUGGUACACAAGGACCUGGCCUGCAGGAACUGCUGGGUCGGAAAAGAUCGCGUGGUCAAGGUCGCUGACAACUCAUUCAGCGCGGAUCUGUUCUCGAAAGAAUACAUGAGCGAGAACGGUUCCAUGGUUCCGGUCCGCUGGAUGGCGCCCGAAAGUCUCAAGCAGGGCUUCUAUGAUUCGAAAUCCGACGUGUGGUCGUUCGGCGUGCUUAUGUGGGAGGUAUUUACCGACUGCGAGUAUCUUCCGUUUUACGACAUUGAGAACGACAAUGAUGUUAAAAAGAAGGUUUGCUUCGAGGACUACAAGUUGGUGUCGCCGGAAAGCGGAGAAUGCCUAGCAAACCUGAUGCAGGACUGCUUUACGACACUUGGUAAGGAUCGCCCGUCGUUUCGCGACAUCAUUAACCGUCUCUUAAAUACAAUAAGUCCGGGCGCAAAUGAAACGCACGCGAGUUACGUCAAUAACAAAGGUAAAGGUAACAUUGGUUACAUCAACAAGGGAAUGACGUCAACUGACAACGGUGAAGAAGAUUACGAGAACCAGGGAUUUUUGAAGAAAAAAAAAGUCGAAGAUGACUCUGAGGAGGAUUAUAUGAACACCGCGUUUGGUAAACGCCAUUGAUUACGUCAUAGUUGACGUCAGUUGGAUAGUCCAUAUAUCGAAGCAAAAAGAGAACACUAUGGAACAAUAUUGAAAAGACCAUAUUUGAAAAACUUCGGAAUUCGACUACAGCUUUAAAGAACAAUUAAAAGUCGAAAUAAAAUUAUAUCCCGGAUAUAAAUAGACAUAUGUAGGGGAAAUGUGAGUUUGACAGAAAUGAAUGCAUAAUGCAAAAUACAGAGAAAGAUAAUUCCAGUCAUGUCCCCCAAACAUAUAGAUUUGUGUGAUAGUUACGAUUAAAUGUAUUAUCAUUAAAUUGUAUUUUAAAAGAAAACUAGAAAACGCUAUGAAACAACUUGUGUAAACCAUUCCCCUAAUUGUGCUGGAAAUCUUCCAACAGAUGUCAUUGAUAGAACGGUUUGGUUACUUGUUUACAUGUUGUGAAAUAACCAAGUCCAAGAAAUGAACAAAUAUAUCUUUUUUUUUCGUUCUUUAAUGUUAUGUUGUACUUUUGUAUUUGUGUUCGUUAGAUUCUUUAUUUUUUUAAUUCAAAUAGGAUCAUUUUAUAUUGAAUUUUGUGGUAUUUAAUAUGUCCAUGUGUAUACUAGUAAUACAUAAUUUUGAAUGUGAUAUGGGAAAGGGAAGGCACUCAUUUAGGUCAAAGGUCAAGGUAACAUGACCUUGUUUCCAGAAAUUGGUUUCAUCAUGAUAUCCGGAAAAUGAUUAAACUUGCGAUCUAAGUAGGUAUGCUGGUUAUGCGAGAGAAAAUAAAUGUACACACUAAUUUUUGUUAGGUGAAGAGGUCAAAUAGUUCAAAGGUCAAGGUCGAAGGAGCUUGUAUCAUUACAUGCGUUUUCGAACAAUAUCUAGCGAAAGCUGAGUAUCAUAUUAAUGAUGCUGGUUAGUCGCGAAGGAGGCUGACCCCUUAUGGUUUUGAAAUCAAGAGAUCUAAGGCGAAGGUCAACUUUGAAUCAUGUCGGGACAUACAUGUUUUACUAACUUCUCUUGUUUAUUAAAUGACACAUGUCUGUGAUGUUUUGAUUAGCUUUAUGUAAUAUAUGUCUGUACGUUCAUCUAUGUUGAUUUUAUUAUUGUCGUUUAUGGUAAGAAACUAUAGGAUUGAUUAAAGAUUUAAGUUAGAA